AACAAGACUGUUGUUAGGCUCGUUUCGUGAGCAGACUUCACAAGCGGCAAGAUUUCGCAUAUUGUUCAAAGACGGAGCUUAGUGAGCUUAGUAGGUAUCUGCAAAUGGCAAAGAUGACAGACUGAAUAUUCAAGAUGUCAGAAAAAGGAAGGAAAGCAGCAACAGCAGGAAGGGGCAAGGUUUCAAAAGCCAAAUCAGUGUCUGUGAAACCUGGGAUCAAGUCAACUCCAGUUAAAAGAUCAGGAUGUUUCAAAGAGAGGCAAACUAAAUCUGGAAAGAAGAUCACCAAGAAAGCUCCUCGUCCAAAGCCUGGAUACUCACUCUAUUCUUCGGACUCUGAGGAUCAGAUAUCAUCUCUCAAUUGUGGCAUUGACAAAUGUUCUGAACUCCUAGCUAAUCUGAUUCAGAGGAAGAAAGGAGGGAACCAAUGGGCUAAGCCAGUGAUCAUGCUAAGCCGAGAAGGGAAUGAGAAUUGCGAUAUUGUGAACUUGCCUCGGACCUCAAGAUGCACACCAGUUUCUCAGACAAAAGAUCGAGUUUUCAUACCAACAGCUGGCACAGAGUCCCCUGACACACAGGUAGCCAAUAUGGUUGAUGGUAGGCUGGCAAGAUCCCGCGCUCCACUGGUGGAGGUUCGCACACCAUUUAACCAGCGCCUUGUUUCGUCCACACCUGACCCAGAGAAGGUUGUUGAUGAUGAUGGAUAUGCUCAGAUGAUACCUGAGAAAGAUACAAACCCUUCUAAACCAAGCAAGGAGAAAAUGAUCAGUUAUACACCCAGGUUGCCUCUCCCUCAACAAAAUAUUGUUCAAGAAAUUGCUGAUUUGAAAAUUGACAACAACCAAAACUAUCUGAAAGAAGGAGAAUCUUUUGAGAAGGUGUUCAGACCUGUUUCAUUCCAUACUGAAAAUGAUUUUAUUGAAGGUGUUAAGAGGUUUGAAGAUUCCUUCCCAGCUUGCCAUAAUCGGAAGAGUAGCAUUGGUGAUUUUCAGUGUUAUCUGCAGAGAGAGUCAACAGGAUUCUCUCCACCUUUGUUCCCAUCUAGUCAAGAUAAGCCGAAGACAGAGUCUAUGAGCAAAGAUCCUGAUCCAUCUGAACGACCAGGACAGGAGGAAAAGGAAUUCCUUGGGAACAGAUUAUCUGCAACUGAGGAACUGGUUUACCCAGCACCUUCUGUGCAGUCCAGAGUUGAGGACAAAGUGUACACAUGUCCUAAAGAGAAGCAAGGCCCUGAAAAGAGUCCUGAUCCCCAUAACAGAGACUAUUUGAAUCAUGAUUUUGAUACUGACCAGCAGGACGACUAUUCUGUUCCUCUGUUCAACAGCUCCCAGGUUAAGAUGUUUGGUCCUGGUUACAGACGGAGAACCAGCAGAGACGAGCAGUAUGAUUUGGAUUAUAGCCCCGAAGAGAAUCAAAGUCCUAUUCUGAAUGAAGCCUACCAGUACAACCUUUCACAGAAAGUAGAUAAGAAAGAAGCAGCUAGAUCAGGACUUACUCCCAGGAACACUGAUCGUGUGCAGCAACCUUCUGAUCAGCUGACGGCACACUCAUCUACAGAGGAUCGUUCAGUCCAGGAAGUCCAACACCCAACAGUGUCAAGUCCUGUUAGAACCAUGCCUGUUGAACCCCGUGCAAUAUUGGGACGCCACACUGGGAAGAAUCCAACACCUACAGAAUUAAACAGCAAUAAGGUUGAGCAUUAUGAGCAACAUGCUGAGACCAAAGAAGUGUUUGUGAAUUAUGAGAGAGGACAGAAUGAUGAUCCAGAUAUGAAUAGAGAUGCAGCUAGGCAGUCUGACAGAGGUGAUCCAUAUUAUGACAUGUCCAACAGGCUUGCACAGUUUACCUUGAACAAAGAUGAAGCUCAAGAAAUUGAUAUGAGGGAGAACUAUCCUUCAUCUCUGAUUAAUCUCGUCCACCCUUAA